GUGGACAACUGCUUAAAAAGUGUGCCGACCCCUGAAGAAGCACAUCACCUGGUGGAUAAUCUCAGAGCCCUCCUGUCCAGUGCUGGAUUCAUCCUUCGCCAGUGGGCCAGCAAUGAACCCAGUGCCAUCAGCCAUCUUCCUGAAGACCUCCGAUCCACCAGUGCUGAACUCUGGCUUGCUCAAGACAGAGCUGACACCUCAGAACCCACUCUAGGCCUCAGCUGGCACUUCCCUACCGACACUUUGGGUUACAAACACCGCUCAGUCAGUUAUGGGGCCCCCACUUUACGUAACAUCUACAACGUCCUUGCAAGCCAAUACGA